AUGACCCUGGAUGAUGAUGAAGUUGAAAAUAAUACAAUUGAAAGACAUGUUUGGUUAGUUUUAUCACCUCAAUUAUCAAAAAUAUCUGAUUUAUUACCAUCGAAUAUCGGCAGACAAUCAUUAAUAACUUCAUUGAUUGAAGCUUAUGAUUUACCAUCUAAAUGUCAAGGCAUUGUCCCAGUGGUAAAGGCCACUAAGAGAGAUUUAGAGACUUAUCACGAUAAAGAGUUUAUUAGUUUCUUAUUGAAAAGGAGAAUUGAUGUGGAUCAAAGUUUGGAGAAUUAUAAUGAAAUUAAAUCAUUGGUUCAUUUACCUGUUUAUAAAUUGGAUAAUGGAAUUAUAACCAUACAUGAUAAAGAAGAUGUGGAACAAGCUGAGGAUGAUGAAGAAGAAGAUUCAACGGAACAAUUACAAAAGUAUGGUCUUUUACAUGAUUGUUAUCCCUUCCCAUUCAUGUCAGAAUACGUUAAACUCAUAGCGGGUUCAACAUUAUCAUCAGCCCGAACUUUAAUCCAACUUAAACAAUCACAACCUCAAUCUCAUAAUAUAGUAAUCAAUUGGUAUGGAGGUCGACAUCAUUGUCAUAAAUCUAAAGUUGCAGGAUUCUGUUACAUAAAUGAUAUCAUAUUAUCUAUUCAAUUAUUUCGAAAACAUUCAUUUUCAAAGAUUUUUUAUCUUGAUUUAGAUUUACAUCAUGGAAAUGGAGUUGAAAAUGCUUAUAAAUUAUCUAAGAAUGUAUUUACUUGUUCAAUUCAUCGAUAUGAUAUUGGAUUUUAUCCCGGUACGGGAUCUUUAGAAAGUUCAACUCCCAAAAUGAUCAAUAUACCAACCAAAAGAGGAUUAAACGAUAUCAGUAUGAUGAAGAUUAUCAAAACUAUCGUCAUGCCAAUUAUGAAACAUUUCGAUCCUCAAGUUCUUAUUAUUCAAUCCGGUUGUGAUGGUCUUUCUACGGAUGAACAUAAUGAAUGGAAUUUAUCUAUACGAGGGAUAGGUAACACUAUCGAUUAUAUUUUGGAUGAAAUUAAUCAUAUACCAACUUUGAUCUUAGGUGGAGGUGGGUAUAAUCAUACUGAAACUGCUAAAUGUUGGACUCACAUAACUCAAAAAGUCUUACAAAAUGAUGAAUCAUAUGAUAUCAUUCCUGAACAUCCAUAUCUUGAUGCUUAUGAAAAGGAUAAUGAAAGAUGA